AUGCAGUCUUCAUCUUUCCUCCCGUCAGAUCACCACCUGCCUCCCACCUGGACUUGCGACCAGUGCCAGACAUCUUUCUCCAAGUCGAAGCUAUUAGAACAGCACACCAAGGAAAUGAAACACGCAGGCUAUCGCUGCGCGGCUUUGGGCUGCGGCAAAACGUUCACAGCCAGAACAUCAUGGCUAUCCCAUAAAAAGGGCCACACUGCUGCACGAACUGCAUGCUCGAAAUGCUCAAAGCCUUUCAAGCGCAAGGAUCACUGCCGAGAACACGACUUCAUCUGUGGAAAACAUAAGAGGGCCACCUCCUUGCACGACAACGACAGCAGUACUUUGUCGGAGGUUCAUGACAGCGGGUCCCUUGCGGCACAGUCUAGCGAGGCAUUUAGGGUAGCUCGAACUUUGUCGAGUCUGCGAGAUCAAGGGAAGGACAAUACACCACCCGGAUGGAAUACACCGUAUCCUAUACCUCCAGAGCACAUGACUGUUCAUUGUGAAGUUUGCAGGAAGUUUGUGCCUGCCCACUUGCUCCAGGAGCAUUACGCUAGCGAGACUCUCGCGCUGCAGUCACUGUUUGGUUCCCGUGAACCCCGUGAGACGCUUGCAUCGCAUCAUCUCAGCUGUGUGAUUUCCGGGGCCUGUCAGUGUAUACGACUCUCCUCGGCUUACUUCAGCCGCGAAAAUCGCCGAAAGAAUAGGACAGAACAGAGCCCAUUUUUUGGUUUCUGA